GGCUGGGCAGUGCCCUUAGCAGCCUGCGGGAAGCAGCACAAAGACACGAGUCUGCUUUGAAAGAGUUAAAGGCUUUUGAAGACGGGCUGCUUCCAGCCAAGGCUGCCAACGCCAGGCUGCAGCAGCAGCAGCAGCAGUGCAAGCAGCUGAAGAGCCUCAAGGCAGAGGUUGCUGCGCUGAGCAAGUCGAUUCCACACCUCAGAGCAGCAGAAGCAGCAGCAGCAGCAGACGCUGCUGCUGCUGAGGUGGCUGAAAUGGAGCAGGCGCUGCAGCAGCAGCAAGGGGAAGCUAGUCGACUCGCGGCUGCUGCUGCAGCAAAGCAGCGGGAGGAGAAAGCUCGGAGUUGCGAGUCCGCGCUGGAGCAGCAGCAGCAAGAAGUGCGGCGGCUGCAGCAGCAGCAGCAGCAGCAGCAGCAGCAAAUCCACGCGGCCUCGAGGCGCCUCAGAACCAAAAAGGCCGAGGCCUCAAGACUACGCCAAGACCUGGAAGCUUCUAAAGAAAUGCAUGCAGCCCUCAGCGAGGUUGUCACAAGCAUGCGCGUGGCACUACAGGGGCCUGCCAGCCCCUCCCCGGCAGACGCAGCUCAGCUGGCUGAGAAGGAAGCUGCAGCAGCAGCAGCAGCAGCAGCACUGGCUGCAGCAGAGGAGACGCUGCAGCAGCUGCAGCAGGCGUCAGCAGCAGCGCAGCGGGCGGCGACGAAGGCGCGGGGUGUCUGUACAGACGCCGAGCUGCAGCUGCAAGCAGCACAGUACCAAGCAAGGCAGUCGAACUCGGAGCAGCAGCAGCAGCAGAAGCUGCUGCAGAGGCUGCAGCAGCAGCACGCGCAGCGGCGGCAGGCCCUGCGGGACUCGUUGUCCCGCGCGCAGCAGCAGCAGCAGCAGCAGCAGCAAUCUGCUGCUGCGGCAGCAACGGCGGCGGCGGCAGCUGCUGCUGCUGCGCGCGAGGCGUCCAGGGCGCCGGCGUGCCGCGCCCCGCAGCAGCAGCAGCAGCAGCAGCAGCUGCAGCAGCUGCAGCAGCUGCGGCUGGAGGCCCCGCAGCGCGCAGCACUGUACACAAACCCCAGGCUGCAGGGGGGGCCCCCAGACCUCCCGGGGCUGCUGGAGGCCCUGGGGGCCCUGCUGCAGCAGGGGCUGCUGUCGAGGGCCCCCCUGGGGCCCCUGGGGGAGCUGCUGUUCGUAGACUUGGAAGCUUGUGCUGCAGCAAAAGUUCCUGCUGCAGCAGCACAGGCAGUGCUGGAGGAGCACCUGGGGCCCCACACUGCCACCUUCCUAGUCAGCAGCAUACGCGAGCAGCGGCUGCUGCUGCAGCUGCUGCAGCGCCACCGCUGGCCCCCCCGUGUUGCUGUUGUCAACUUUUGCUGCUGCUGCUAUUACCCCAGACUCACAGACGAGGCCCUGGGCCUCCCCCAGGGGGCUUUUACUCUUUACAAGGCCCUCAGGAAGCAAAGCCCGCAGCAGCAACCCCCAGCAGCAGCAGCAGCAGCAGCAGCAGCAGCAGAUGACCCACCCACCACUCCCGCUGCAGCUAUGCCACUGGCUGGAGUUCACUUCUUGGUAGAUGUGGCUUCGAUUGAACGCGUGGCAAUAGCCGAAGACGAGCAGCAGCUGCGGGCGCUGCUGCAGGGGCCCCCCGCUGCUCCGGGGGGCCCCCAAAGUGGGUACUUGAGGGGCCUCCGGGAAGGGUAUACUUGGAGGGGGCCCCUCCAUUUAAAGAAACUGGGAAAGGGUACUGAGGGGGUCCCGGGGGCCCCCGGGGCUGCCCGGAGGGUGCGGGGCCUCGUGCGGCUGCGGCCGCAGAGCAGCAGCAGCGGGGCUGCUGCUGCUGCAGCGCAGGCAGCAGCAGCAGCAGCAGCAGCUGCUGCUGCUGCUGCGAACAGCAAGGGCGCAGCAGCUGCACACGAAGGGGAGGCCCUCAGGGCCCUCGAGGAAGAGCUGCAGCAGGAGUGGGAGGCUGAGGAGGCGCUGCUGCAGCAGAAGCAGCAGCGUGCUGCUGCGGCUAGGCAGCAGUUCGAAGCGGCUGCUGCUGCUGCUGCUGCAGCGCGGGAAAGAGAAGCAGCAGCAGCAGAAGAGCUGCGACGCUGCGAAGCAAAAGAGACGCAGCAGCAGGCAGCUGCAGCAGCAGCAAAAGACAGCAGCGACGAGGCCCGCCUGGCCCUCGCCAACUUCAGCAAGAGGACCACCAACCUUCUGAGCCAAGACCAGCUGAAGGUAUUGCGGGAGAAGCUGGAGGCGAAGGAGAGGGAGAGAGACGCUGAGGAGAAGCAGCAGCAGCUGCUGCAGCAGCAGCUGCAGGAGGCCGUUGCUGCUGCUGCUGAGGCUCAAGAAGCCUUAGAGCAGCAGCAGCAGCAGCUCAACGACAGCCAGCAGCAACUAGCUGCCGCUAAAACGGCAGUGAGUUGUGCUGCUGCUGCUCUGAAAGAAACUGAGAAGCAGCUGGAGAGCGACAAAGAAGCUGCUGCUGCUGCUGCUGCUGCUGCAGCUUCGCGGCAGGGGGCCCUUGAGGCGAAGAGGCAGGCGCUGGAGGCCCUGCAGCAGCAAGCAGCAAGCCUCAAGAGCAUUUGCCCACAACUUCCAGAAGGGACAAACUUGCCCAAACUCUCCGUCGCGGAGGCAGAGGGACGUUUACGCCGUCUUGAAGUCCAAGUGAAGGCGCUAGAGGAAGAAACCCGCGACGAGGAGUCAGUAGCAGCAGAACUGGCGGAGUCCUCGCGUUUGCUGCAGCAGCAGCAGCAGCUGCUGCUGGCCCCAAAAGCUGCUGUGGCUCUUGCUGAGGAGAACUACAAAGUGAGGACGGGAAAGCUGCUGCAGGCGCUGCAGCUCUCUGCUAAGCAGACUCGCGAGGACUUCCGGCGUCUGGCGGAAGCAGCGCUGCCGCACCGCUGCAGUUUGGCUUUUGACCAUCAGCAGCAGCAGCUGCGCAUGCAGACUCUGGACAGGAACCAGCAGCAAGUCAGCAGCAGCCCCACAGCACUUUCUGGCGGGGAAAAAAGCUGCCUCCAAGUGGCCUUUUUGGCAGCUCUUGCUGCUCGCAGCUGCUCCCCUUUGCACCUUUUCGACGAAGUCGAUGUCUUCAUGGAUGAAAGAAACAGAAUUAAAAAGUAA